AGUGAUACAAUUAUUUUGAAGUUAAACUUGAAAGGGGGCCUACUAAGUGUAUGGAGUCCCGGGGCCCAAUUGAUCCUUAAUCCGGGCUUGACACUAACGACACUAUGAACUAUGAACUGCUGCAGUGAUACUUAUGUUAUAUAUAAUUAAAUAAUUAUUGAGAUGAUAAUUAAGAUUUAAGAGUAUUAUUAUACAACAGUAUUGUCGGAUAUGUAAUAUAAUAUAAUAAUAAGCAUAUAACGAUACGAUCGUACAUUAGUGUUAUCAGGCGUAAUAUAAAUCAACGACUAAAACUGUGUAUACCGGGUACAGCCGGACACGGCGGACAGUCACCAGAAAUAUAUUGGUACCAUAUGGUAUAUAUAGUAUUAUAAAAAUGUAUAAUCAGCAUCUUCUGAAGGCUGAACUACGGUCUGAAUUUACUUAUACACUACAUGAUAUUAUAGGGUGUUUCAAUACAAUGAAUAUAUCACAUUCACUACUCUAAUUGAUUUAGACUAUUAUAUGAUAAGUAUGUAUACAGUAACAGUAUAUAAGGAUGUUUGUCUUUUUGUGACAAACAUUUCUGUAGUUAUAUGCUUAGUAUAACAGUAACGAUGUGCGCGUAAGCUAGACAUAUUAUAUAAGUCACUGUUAUAUUAUUAUCAUUUCGUCAUAAUUUAAAUUCAAAAUUUCUCACUAAACGUUUGUUUUAUUACGUACUUUUCGUAUUUUUACCGUAAAAUGGAUCCAUCAAAAAAUAAAAAACUAUAUAAUUCAAGGAAGCCAUCAAAAAAAAAAAAUCUGAGUUCUCGAAUGAAGGAGCUCUUGGGAAUUCGGAACAAAAACAAGCACAACCCCGAAGUAAUCGAACGUAUUGUGCAGGAACCAUUUUUCUUAGGAGUUGAUAAUCAACCACCGUGUUCGUCAAAGGAAACGAUCAGGCACAACCCCGAAUCAAUCAAAUCUGCUGUGGAACCAUUUUUCUUAGGAGCUGAUAAUCAACCACCAUGUUCGUCAAAGGAAACGAUCAGUAAAAUAACCAACUCGAGAGACAAUGGAAUUAAUGAUUGGGGAGUUGAAGAAACCUUACAUGAAUUGGUAACUGAACAAUCUACAUAUAGUAAUCAAUAUAUUGAGUAUGAAAGCUCCGGUAGACGAAUAGUAGAUAUCAAUUACGUUUUUCAUCAAAUUAAAAAUAGUGAUCACAAAGGGCCAUUUGGUUGUUCAUUUUUAAACAUGACGUUCAUUUCUGAAAAAAAACAUGGAUUAAGAUCAACUUUUAAGUUUAAAUGUGGUGUUUGUAAUAUUAUAAUGUUUAUUGACUCGGAAAAAUCGAAACCGGAAAAUUAUUUACCGAUUAACGAAGCUGCCGUUAGUGGAUCGAUAUCAGCUGGAAUUGGAUUUACGCAAUUGUCUGAAUUGUGUGCGACAAUGGAUAUUCCAUGUAUGGCGUCCUGUACUUAUAUACUAGUUCAAAAAUUUAUCAGCAAAAAAAUUCACGAUGUCGCAGAAGCACAAAUGAAAAUUGCCGGCGAAGAAGAACGUCGUUUAGCAAUAGAAGCAGGAUCAGUAGAUAUUGACGGAAUUCCUAUGUGCACGGUUGUCGCUGACGAACAAUGGUCUAAGCGCAGUUACAAAACUAAAUAUGAUGCAUUGUCUGGAGUGGCAACAAUAAUUGGUUACAGGUCGAGGAAAAUUUUGUUUGUGGGGAUUAGAAAUAGGUUUUGUGUAAUUUGCCAGAGGGCAAAAAAUAAAAAAUAAAAUCCACCUGAACAUACAUGUUUUUUA